AUGCCUCCGCGCCGCCGCCCCUCCUCCGGCUACCACGGUGUCCGGGCGCGGCCGAGCGGCCGGUUCGAUGCGGAAAUCCGCUCCGGCGAGGAGUGGAUCCGCCUCGGCACGUUCGACACCGCGCACGAGGCGGCGCGGGCGUACGACGCCGUCGCUCGGCGGCUCGGCCGCUCCCGGCGGACGAUGAACUUCCACGACGUCUUCACGCGGGAGCAAGCGGAGAUGCUGGCGCCGCCGCCGCCGAUGAUCACGCGCGAACAGCAGCGCCGACAUCGGGAGCUGGAGCAACGCCUCCUCAUCGCCGAGCGCGACGAGGCGGUGCGCCUCGAAUGGGCGCGCCGCUUCCCCGAGGACGUCACCGCCACGGAGGCCUUCUACGCGCAGAAGGAGAAGGAGAAGGCGGCGAUGAAAGCGAAGAAAAAGGCGAGCCGCGAGAAGCGCCGCGCCGAAUCCGCGGCGAGGAAGAAGGCGAGGGCCGAGGCGGCGGCGAGGAGGAAGGAGGAAAACAAGUACGGCGCAGGGCCGUCGACCAUCGUCCUCUCCUCCUCCUCCUCCGACUUCCAGUGGACGACGACGUCGACGCCGGUGUCGGACACGACACUGAGCAACUCCGACUUCGACUGGGAGUCCGACGACCAGUCGGAGGAGUAG